AUGACCGACACUUCUCUUGAUGCUGCUGGCCGCGCGACCAUUACCGGCAGUCAGAUGCUAGUUCCGCCAGCCCCGCUAGAAACGCUGGAGCCUAUGCUAGGACCCAUUGCCGGGCCGAGCAACACGAGUAACGGCGCAGGAGUGCCCGAUCAUAUAGGCGAGGAUGAGAGCGAGGCAGCUGCGGCGGGUAGCGAUGAUGUGCAGUCUACUCCCGACGCUGCGAAGUCGACCAAGAAUCGCCCAAUCAUCGACUGGAUUCCUCAUCGGUUGGGCUUCGUCCGCGCAUUCCUGAAACUCGACGGCCGACCUCGCGACGUCGUGAGGGGCACGGUAAAGGGGUGCUCGCUACCGGGUUGUCCCCGCGCGGCGACGCCAAUGGCUGGGAUAUACCGCUGCGUGUCGUCCAACUGCAUGACGUGUACAUGGUUAUGUGCAGAAUGUAUGGUGGAGCGGCACAAGUACCGGCCCCUGGAUAGGAUCGAGAUCUGGAUGAACGGGGAGUGGCAGAAGAGCUCACUGCAGAAGCUCGGCGUUAAGGUGCAGUUCGGACACUGGGACGGCACCGAAUGUAGGCUAUUACGCGAACCCGCGAAGAGUUUCGUGGUCAUCCACACCAACGGCGUCCACGAAAUCGACGUGGAAUUCUGCGGCUGUACGACAAAGAUGGUUCACAAAUGCGAUCAACUGAUGGCCGCACGCUGGUAUCCUGCCACCACUAACAAGCCUCGGAUGGCAGCGACAUUCGAGGUACUGGAGCAGUUUGACGCGAACUGCGGCGCGGGGAAGCAGAAUGCAUACGACUUCUAUCGCGCGCUAGAGCAUCUGACGGACGGUGCAGGACUGCAACACCUACCGGACCGAUCCAAAGAUUUCUUUCGCAUGGCGCACGAGUACCGCCAUGUCCUUGCGUUGAAACGUGGAGGACGAGGACACGACGCCACACCUGAUCCCAUCAAGACGACGGAAUAUGGCGAGCUCGCCGUGCUCUGCCCUGCGUGUCCUCACCAGGGGAUCAACACCAAUGUGGUCGAUAAGUUGCGCUCUUUGUCGCCUCGACUGGCCGAGGCCGCCCCGCUGUUCAACGAACUGGUUCAACUCUCGAUGGACUGCAACUUUCGAGCGAAGAACAGAAUGACGCGUUCGACUCCCGAAUCCAGCCCCUACCUUGGAGAUGGUAUGGCGUACAUGGUACCCGAGAGCCCGUAUGAAGAUUACACGCGCAGCUGCUUGAACGAUCAAGAGCUCAGCAGCUGCUCGCGUUUCGGCGCGAACAUCCUGGCGAAUUUGAAAACGGGUAAGGGACUCAGAACGACUGGCGUAGGCGCAGUCUUCUGCUCUCGCCACGAAUUCUUCUGGCCCAACUCUGUGGGCACGCUGGUGAAAGGCGAGAGAUACAGCACGAUGGAUUUCAUCCUGGCCGCUGCUGUGCGCCGAGUGAGGGCCCCAAGCCUUCACCUCUACUACGACAUCGUGUGCCAGUAUCACCGCAAUCUGAACGUGCGCAUGAUGGAAGCUCAGCCGAAGUCCUUCAUCGGCGUGGGCGCCAAGAAGCUGUUGCACCAGAUCAACGUCAGUUUCGGCAUCCCAAAGUUUCACAACCCCGGUCACCUCGUUAUGUGCCAACUGUGGUUCAACAUCGCCUACAUACGCGCGGCGGGUCAGACGGAUGGCGAAGCGUCGGAGCGUGCAUGGGCGGGGUUGAACCCGGCUGCAUCAAGUCUUCGCGAGAUGGGUCCUGGUACGAUGCGGGACACUAUCGACUUCUUUUGCGGUGUCUGGAACUGGCGCAAGUUUGUCAAUAUGGGUGGAUUUCUCACGCGGAAGUUGGAGGUCGCAUUGAGGGAAGCGCGUGAGCACGCCGAGAUCUACACGGGCAUGGAGAGGAUGAUACGCAAGGAGGACGGAGAGACUGCUAUUGCAUGGGUCGAGGGUGCGGUGAAAUGGGACACUCGGAAUGCUUUGAACGCGAUGGGCCAGCAGAUCACCGAGGGACCUGAUGCUGUGCCCAAUCCGUACGAGUCGCGGGCCAAGAAACAAUCGUUAGAUAAGGCGCGUUUGCAAAGCGCUCAGUUGGCGGCGCAGGCUGUCAAGGACACGGACGGUAACGCGGCUCAAGCUUCGGCGCUCACCAACUUCGUCAUGCGAGGGUUCAAGAUCGAAGUUCUGCAAUGGCGCGCUGGAAGGCGAAAGGCGACGAAGACGAUCUUACAGACGACCGAACGGAUAGAGCAUCAUACGGCGCUAAGGCGCGAGCUUGGUCUGUUCCGCAAGGACCAGCAAUGGAUGAUGCCCCUCGUAUACGCGGCUAUCCAGGAGCUCGAAGGCGUUGAAGCUCGAACGACAGCGCCAAGUGAGGGAGACGACGAGGACGAGUUGAAGGCCGAAGAGAAUGAGUCCUUGUCGGCGGUACUAUACCUGCCAUCUGAACUCGACAAGGCACUAGCUCGUACACCGCCCGUUCUCGACGUACUGUUCAAAGAGCUGGAGCUACGUCUCGCCGGGAUGGAAGAUUGGCUGGACAGCCUGCGCCAGCAGCUACGUGUCCGUGGGACGGUAACCCAAUGGCGGAUAUCCUACUCGGGUGGACAGCGCAUGGCGACGCGUACCAUCAACAAGCAACGCGUGAUCGAAGAGAACAUCGUCUCCGCCAGGGAAAUGUACAAGCUACAUCGGGAGAGGUUCAUCACGCUGCUAUCUUACCUGACCGACGAGGAAAGGGAGGCGCGCGUGCCGCCGGAUUGGGCGGAUAAUUUCCGGGAGCUUCUGGAUACCGAUUGUCGCCCGCUGAACAGCAGCUUGCUGCUAGCCAUUGAUGCCCUCGAGGUCGAACGCGCCAAGCGCAAGGUGGCUGCGCGAAACGACGGGGUAGCGUCCGGUGCUAGUAGCUACCGCAUACCCUGGAUCUGGUAUAAGGUGGGAGAGAGUACGGAGAUGGAACUGAACGAGGAUAUGCGCGUAGAGUUCGUCAAGUGCAGGGCACGCGCGAUACGCUGGGUAGAGGAGGUAUACAAGAUCGCGUACGAGAUGGUGCGCGUGCCCGAAUUCUGCACGACGAGAUCGCUGUGGUGGACUAAGAGGGCGACGGUUGUGAUCGAGGGCGCUGACCUGGAGUUGCAAGACGGUAUGCGGGCGUAUGCAACGAAGCAAGCGACGAUGUUCAGGCGGCAUGCGGCGGGACUGGAAGAUGCCUUCAAGAAGCCGCUUGAGGAAGUCGCGGACUUUGUGCGCGUCUUUGGAUUGGACGGGUUGAUAUCGGAGUCGUCAGAAUAA